UAUUGAACUUUGAUGGCUCACAACUAUCUGGCGAGCCAAAGUUCUCCUAUUUGUCUUGCAUUACAAUGUCAGUCUUUCCAGGCGGGUAAUAUGACAGAAGAGCCAUUUAUUGUUCAAAACACUUGGACCAGUGAACUUGGGUGGGGCAAAGAAGAGAGGUGCCCUUCUCAUGGUUCUGCUAACAGCCAGACAGUUGAUGAACUUGCACUUUGCAAUGAACAUAUUGUUAGAAGUACCAUGGACAAGAACCAAAAUGUGAGUCGUCCUAGUGCUGACAAGUUGACCAAUGUUUCUUGGGAAAGCGCACAUGCAACUGCUAAUUUCCCAUUUGUUGGAGGAAGUCCUUUUAUUGCCACAUUAUGGGUUGGUCUCGAGGGGUUCCAUAUGACAGUGAACGGAAGACAUGAAACAUCAUUUGCAUAUAAGGAGAAACUUGAACCAUGGUCAGUAGGUGGAGUCAGAGUUGCUGGUGGUUUGAAUCUUUUGUCUGCAUUGGCUAAAGCCUUGCCUGUAUCUGAAGACCAGACGUUAGUCGUUGAUGAGCAUCUCAUAGCUCCCUCAAUUUCCAAGAAAAGACUAGUGAUGUUGAUAGGUGUUUCCUCUACCGGAAACAAUUUCGAGCGACGGAUGGCAAUAAGAAGGUCUUGGAUGCAAUACAAGGCUGUAAGGUCUGGUGAAGUAGCAGUCCGGUUUCUUAUUGGCCUUCACAAGAACAUGCAAGUUAAUUUUGAGCUAUGGAAAGAAGCACAAGCGUACAAGGACAUCCAAUUUAUGCCUUUCGUUGACUACUACAGCCUGAUUAGUUUGAAAACAAUUGCAAUUUGCAUUCUUGGGACCAAAAUCCUUCCUGCAAAAUAUAUUAUGAAAACAGAUGAUGAUGCUUUUGUUAGGAUUGAUGAAGUUCUCUCUAGUCUCAAGGAGAAGGCAUCUAAUGGGCUUGUGUAUGGUCUUAUAUCCUUUGAAUCCUCACCUAACAGGGACAAAGACAGCAAAUGGUAUAUCAGUACCGAGGAAUGGCCACAUGCAUCAUAUCCACCAUGGGCACAUGGGCCAGGCUACAUAGUCUCCCGAGACAUUGCAAAAUUCAUUGUUCGUGGCCAUCAAGAGAUGGAUCUCCAAUUUUUCAAACUAGAAGAUGUUGCAAUGGGCAUCUGGAUUGAAAAAUUCAAGAACAGUGGUCAAGAAGUGCAUUACAUGAGUGAUGAGAGAUUCUACAAUGCUGGAUGUGAAUCAAACUAUAUUCUUGCCCAUUAUCAAGGUCCAAGGUUAGUCUUAUGCCUCUGGGAGAAGCUGCAGAAAGAGCAAAAACCCGUCUGUUGCGAAUAAGUAUAAACCAGCCAUGUUAACUGUAAUGAAGCUGCUCGAUGCACGAGUUGCUCUCUGUCGUUAAGGCCAACAGAGUUUUUUUCGUCUUCAGCAAGCAACACAGGGGUUGUUCGUGAAGACAUCGGGAUAGCUAAUCUUUUGUAUAUUAGGAUCCACAUCAUGAUUCUCUACAACUACCAUGAUUGGGUGUAGCCUGCCUGUAGAAUUAUGAAAUUAGAGUGAGUCUUCUUUUGAAUCCACUAGAAUUGAGAAAUUAUGAGAAAUGCUAAUGAGACCAUGGAUAAUUAUCCA